UGGCUAAGAAAGAGACAAAAGAGCAUCACAAAGAUGCCCCACCUUUCAAGAAGAAGGCCUUGCCAGUUGAAAAACCAGAAGGUGACGAAGAGAAAGAUUCAGAAAUUGAAGGUGAAUCAAGUGAGGAGGAGAUCACUGCAGGCUACACUGACGACAACAAACAGUGGCUGAAACCUCGGCAGCAAGUGAAGAAGAAGGCUCUUCUAGAACCGUCAGAUGAAGAUGACAGUGAUGACGAUGACGAUGAUGACUGAUGAGCUGCUGCCUGUUGAGAAGGCAGCCAAGAAGCUGCAAAAGAAGCAGAAGAUGGACGAUGCACGAGCCGAAGCUGAACUGCAGACAAACAUAUUGGAAACAGAAAAGUAUGUUCUGCCUAGCGGACAGGAGAUUGAGAAGGAGUCUGUUCAGCCAGCCGAUCUGACACUGGUCCAGCAGCGAAUCAAGGAGGUGCUAGUUGUGUUGGGAGACUUUGUGAAUCGCCGAGAAGAAAACAGAAAGCGCAAGGACUACCUCUCUCAACUGAAGAGUGACUUGUGCACAUAUUACAGCUAUAAUGAGUUUCUAAUGGCACUGUUAAUGCAGUUGUUUCCACUCACUGAGCUGGUGGAAUUUCUUGAAGCAAACGAAGCACAGAGGCCAGUCACAAUCCGAACUAACACACUGAAGACCAGGAGAAGGGAUUUGGCACAGGCUCUUAUCAACAGAGGAGUGAACUUGGAUCCUAUAGGAAAGUGGUCAAAAACAGGACUGGUGAUUUAUGAUUCCCAGGUUCCCGUAGGUGCAACCCCAGAAUAUUUGGCAGGCCACUACAUGAUACAGAGUGGUUCCAGUUUUCUGCCUGUAAUGGCUCUGGCUGCUCAGGAGAAUGAACGAGUGCUGGACAUGUGUGCUGCCCCUGGUGGCAAGACACAGUAUAUCGCUGCCCUGAUGAAGAAUACAGGCAUGCUGUUUGCGAACGAUGCUAACAAGGACCGUAGUCGAGCCGUAGUUGGUAAUCUACACAGGAUGGGCGUCACAAAUUGUGUCGUCUCCAAUCUGGAUGGCCGAAAAUUUCCAAAGGUUAUGACUGGAUUUGACCGUGUUCUGCUUGAUGCACCCUGUAGUGGUACUGGGGUCAUUGCUAAGGAUCCAGCUGUAAAAACAAACAAGGAUUGUAAAGACAUACAGAGGUGUGCACACUUGCAGAAAGAGCUGCUCCUAGCUGCCAUUGAUUGCUGUGAUGCUAAGUCAGCAACAGGUGGCUACAUCGUCUACUCAACUUGCUCUAUAACUGUAGAGGAAAAUGAAUGGGUGAUUGAUUAUGCGCUAAAGAAACGAAAUGUGAAACUGGUACCAACUGGUCUAGACUUUGGGCAGACAGGGUUUGCAAGGUACCGUGAACAUCGUUUCCAUCCGAGCCUGAAGCUGACACGACGAUUCUACCCACACACACAUAACCUUGAUGGCUUCUAUGUGGCCAAGUUUAAGAAGAUCACCAAUACCAACCCUAAACCUAAAGCCAAUGAUGAGGAUGAGCAAGAGGAUGCCACGGAGGUGAUCGCUGAGGAAGUAGAGAGCAGCAGUGGAGACGACGCAGAGUCAACGCCAGCAGGAGGGCAGAGUACAGUAAAAAGUAAACUGAAAACAGGGGAGAAGAAAACGAAAGAGAAGAAAAGAUUGGCUACUGCUCAGACUGGAGCCAAAACGAAAGGCAAAAAGAAAGUAACUACUGCACAGGCUGGAGCAACGAGACCUGGCUCUGUACAGGACAGCCGGAAAGCUAAAGUGUUUAAGAAAGGAGGGCGGUUUAAAGGAAAAGCAGGUGCAAAGCCAAAGAAGUUUGGCACCAAAAAGUGAGCAGAAAUGUUCUGGAACCUUCUUCAACGUAUUUACAAUCGUGAGAAAUAAAGGUGCACAGUGUACAGGAAAGAGGAAUGUUUUAAAUUUUCUUAAUAAGCAUUGGCCUGUUACGUAUGGUUCUCGGAAGGGUUGGCAGACUUAUUGUAAUAGCUGAAGUUUAAAAGGAUAAGUUUUAAAAGUUUAAAGCUUAAUAAAUCCUUUUAAAAGUUUAAAAGGAUGUCAUACAUGUCCUAUCAUCUCACACUUACAGUCAGUAAGGCAUUAUACUGAUUCAGUUACAAAACUGUAACAAAACAUGUAUUUUCAUUUAUUGUUCACUAUAUCGGUAAAUUAAUUUACUUAAUUUGUUGGCAAGAUAGUCAUGAUAGUUUUAACCAGUAAUACAAUUUAUCACCCAAUAUGCAAAUAUGUUGGCAUUUUUGUAAAUGGUACUCAGAUGUAUGUAAUAUUUUAAUAUAAUAUUAUCUGUCAGCCCUGACGAGUUGCUUAUUAUACUUGUGUAUAAAACAAAAUAAAAUUAGAGUAACUGAAA